UUUGGGGCCCUCGAAUUUCAAGAUGCCAAUAUGUCUCUCAAGUCAAAACGUUUGCCCAUCCGUUCUAGAGAAUUAUUUUGUCUUCGUAGCGUUGCCUUUAUUUUCUGAAACAGCAUGACUCAAGCACGCAACUUUUAAAGUUCUGAAGUUUCAAAGCCAGCGACCUGAGUAAUUUGUCCAGACAACUAACAGCUCUUCCGGUUGGAGAUGGAGACGUGGCUAUGCCCGGCUGCCAUAUUGGUUCUAACGUUACCCAUAGAGAAGCCCUAACAAGCAGCUUAGCUAGCUAGUUAGCUAACUUUCUCAAAGCGAUUUAGAGUGGAACUUGACUGACCGAACACCAUAGGAGAUUGAAGAUCGUUUUCCGAAAAAGAAACCAAAAUGGUGCUUUUGGCAGCGGCGGUGUGCACCAAAGGAGGCAAAGCAAUUGUGUCGCGGCAGUUUGUGGAGAUGACGCGCACACGUGUCGAGGGCCUCCUGGCGGCCUUCCCCAAGCUCAUGGGCCUGGGCAAGCAGCACACGUUUGUGGAGACUGAGAGUGUGCGCUACGUCUACCAGCCCCUGGAGAAGCUCUACAUGGUGUUGAUUACCACCAAGAACAGCAACAUCCUGGAAGACCUGGAGACACUACGGCUCUUCUCCCGGGUGAUCCCGGAGUACUGCCGUGUGCUAGAGGAAGGAGAGAUCUCUGACCACUGUUUUGACCUGAUAUUUGCCUUCGAUGAGAUCGUGGCCCUGGGCUACAGGGAGAACGUCAACCUGGCCCAGAUCAGAACCUUCACAGACAUGGAUUCUCAUGAGGAGAAAGUGUUCCGGGCAGUCAGAGAGACUCAGGAGCGAGAGGCCAAGGCAGAGAUGCGUCGGAAGGCCAAAGAACUGCAGCAAAUCCGGCGAGACGCCGAGCGCUCUGGGAAAAAGGUCCCGGCCUACGGCGGCUUUGGCAGCUCUGGGAUGAGCAGCAUGUCCUCAGGGUCCUUCAUCACAGACGGCAUCAUCGAACCCGAGAAGCCCAAGAUGGCUCCCGCCCCAGUCAGGCCGAGCGGUCCCAGCAAAGCCCUCAAGUUGGGUGCCAAGGGGAAAGAGGUGGACAACUUUGUGGACAAGCUGAAGUCGGAGGGAGAAACCAUCAUGUCUAAUGCAGGAAAGAGGCCAUCGCUUGCGUCCAGUGUCUUACCGCCACCGGCCCACAUGGAGAGUGUCCACAUGCGAGUUGAGGAAAAGAUCAGCCUGACGUGUGGCCGUGACGGCGGUCUACAGAACAUGGAGGUCCUGGGCAUUAUCACCUUGAGAGUGACUGACGACAAGGUUGGCCGAAUACGCCUGAUGCUCAGCAACAGCAACAAGACUGGAGUUCAACUGCAGACUCACCCCAAUGUGGAUAAGAAGCUCUUCACUUCGGACUCUGUUAUUGGUCUGAAGAACCCAGAGAAGUCCUUUCCCCUCAACACCGAUGUAGGAGUGCUGAAAUGGAGGCUCCAAACCACAGAUGAUGCUCUUAUACCUCUAACCAUUAACUGUUGGCCUUCAGAGAGCGCCACUGGUUGCGACGUGAACAUUGAGUACGAACUGCAGGAGGAGAGCCUGGAACUUAAUGAUGUAGUCAUCGCCAUCCCCACACCGUGUGGGGUUGGGGCGCCCACGGUAGGAGAUGUGGACGGAGAGUAUAAGCAUGAUGGCCGACGGAACAUUCUAGAGUGGCGCCUGCCUGUCAUAGAUGCCAACAACAAAAGUGGCAGCCUGGAGUUCAGCGUAGCCGGGCAACCCAACGACUUCUUCCCGGUCCACGUGUCCUUUGUGUCCAAACGCAAUUACUGUGACAUACAGGUUGUCAAAGUGGCCCACAUCGAAGGAGAUGUGCCUGUAAAAUUCUCUGUAGAAACGUCAUUCCUUGUCGACAAAUAUGAGAUCCUGUAAAACAAAUUGUUUUAAACAGAAUGGUUCAAGAUCCAAGGGAGGCACAAGAAAUACUUUGCCUACCGGCGUAACUUUUCAGAGACUACACAUCAACAGGACUCUUCAACAGCCACUCUUGAGGCAGAGUGCGGUAUUGGUGUAUUUAUAUGUUUUUAUGAGGAAAAUAUAUCUAUUUAUGAAGAGUUAAAUUCACUGGGCAGGGAAACAUCCACCAAAGAGAGGCAGGAAGUCAAAACGGUAACUGAGAGGGCAACAGAGGAUGUGGGCGGAGGUGCUCUUGGUGAAGUGGGGCUGCUAAGAGUGACAAAACAACUUUCUGGGACUCAUUGAUUAGGACAGGAAUGGUUUCAAAACAGACAGUCUUAUUUGUUCUGUUUUGUUCCUAGUUAACAUGUCUCUGCGGUCUGAGGACCUGGUCAGUUCCCAGGUGGUUGGAUUAGAUAAAAUCAAGUAAUUGUGCAUCUUGAGGCUUUACAUUGAGCAGUACAAAUUUGACCAUAUUUUGAAUGAAGAGGACCGGUCAAGUGAUAUUUCAAACCAAAUAAAUCAGAACUGCCAGUUCACCAGAAAUACAUUUUAAGCCUGCUUGUUUGCCCACAAAAAGGGAGUUAUUUACUUAGGUUGAUUGUCAGUAUGUGGCUUUGUGUGUUGCUUGUGAUUUGGAGACAAUGCUGUAUUGAAAACAGUAAGUAAGUGAGCAGUUGGCAUUGGUCUGUUCUCUUACUGCUUUUAACAUUUUGCUUUUGUAUUACACAGAACCACAGUAAACAUCAGCUAUGUAAAUGGCUUUAAUCAGCAGUAAUGUGUGGCAAUUAAUAUUUAAAUGUACACAUUUAUAGCCUACAAAAUGUUUAAAUGUUUUUAUCACUCUCCUUUUACAAUAUUCUGCUCAAUAUCUCAAUCUGAUCUGUUCACCUCUUUUCAAUAUGAAUAUAUGGAAACCCAGAGAAAGACUGCUUGAGAAGAACUCCCAGUUAACAAAACAAAUGUGAUGGAAGGUGUAAUUCACGUUCUCAUUUCAAUGCUCAGCAGAAUGCUAUUUACAAACAGUUGAAAAGACAGAUCGGUUCAGUGUACUGUAGUCCAGUAUAUCAGUUCAGUGUUUUUCAGUCAUCAAACUAACAGAAAAGGAAUACGAAGGUCCUGUUGGGAGGAUGACUGCUGACUGUAACACCGCCUCUGUCUGAGAAUUCCAGGCAGUAAUUAACUGCCAACAUAAGCAAACGGUUCUGUUGUUUUGUAUUUUUGUUUUUAUUUCCGGAAUUUCAAUGCAAUUGAUUGGAUAAUGGGUUUUGAAGAUAAGAUGGAACAUUUUAACUAUGGUAGAAUCAUAAUGUUCUAAUAUAAAACGAGGGGGGAAAAAAUCAUUAAAGUGUUUUAUUAAGUU